AACGGUUUGACGCCGACCUCCUGCAUCGCGUUUGCAAAGGCUUAUGGGUAAAGGAAGGCGUUGCAAGCCGUUAUUGGAGCUUGCGGGUUGUCAUUUGGAGUCUUAAAACACUGUUAAUUUGCUAUUUACAAUUUUGGAAAGUGUCUUUAAUUUAGCCAGCUUAGUAAGCUCAGCAACGCUCCUAUUGUCUUGAAAUCUCUCGGGAGGAGGAAGAUGGAGUAGUUUUCUGCUUUGGAAUCUAAAGAAAUCUUGCAAACGGAAAUUUAUAGGCAAAGUUCAACAUGGGUAACUUAUUGAGAAUUUUAUAUGCCAAAGAUACUGACACAAAUAAAUCUGAUAUCUUUCUCGACUUUGAAAAUGCCCAACCAACAUCUUCUGAGGCAGAGGUCUAUGAUGUCGUUAAGGCAGUUUUAGAUCAAUCUACACAAAUCCUGGAAGAUCUUAAUGAUUAUCAAGGUGCCAAUGAGCCAAUCAGAGUGGCAAUAUCCAAUCCUACAAACGAGGGUUUACAAGAAGAGGCAUGGCGAGCAGUUAUGCCUUUAGUCGGACAGUUGAAGUUUUAUGAAUAUGCAACUGAAUUGGAGGCUGCCUUACCUCAACUGCUGAAUGCUUUAUGCUCGGGAAAUCUAACACCAGUCGAACAUUUGGAACAGCAGCAGGCACUUGCUAAACAGUUUGCCGAUAUCCUUCAUUUCACAUUAAAAUUUGAUGACCUAAAGAUGACCAACCCAUCAAUCCAGAAUGAUUUUAGCUAUUACAGAAGAACACUCAGCAGAAGAAAACUGUCAAAUUGUGACGAUAAUGACAUGGAUGAAAAUGAUGUCCAAGUGUCAAAUGAAAUGGCCAAUAGAAUGUCCUUAUUUUAUGCCUAUCCAACGCCAAUGUUAAAGACAUUAAGUGAUGCUACAUCAAAGUUCGUUAGCGAAAACAAGAAUUUGCCCAUAGAAAAUACGACUGAUAUGUUAAGUACUUUGGCUAAUCUUUGUAGAGUUAUGAUUGAAAAUCCCGAGUACAGCUCACGUUUUGAAAGUCAAGAAACCACUUUGUUUUGUCUUCGUAUUAUGGUUGGAGUAAUAAUUUUAUACGACCAUGUUCAUCCUUUGGGCGCCUUUGUAAAAACCUCUAAUAUUGAUAUGAAGGCAACGAUCAAGGUUCUUAAAGAUCAACCGCUAAACUCGGUGGAAGGACUUCUAAAUGCAUUAAGAUACACAACGAAACAUCUCAACGACGAGAGCACACCAAGGAACAUCCGAAUGUUACUACAACAGUGAGAAAGGACGGAGAAAAUGUGAUAGCAGAGAUCCGUACACGGUUUCUCUUCUGAAGAUCACCGGGGAGGGUGUUGUCCACAACUCUAAGUGUAUUGUAUGUACAGUUGGACUUGAGAAGAUGUUCGUAAAUUGUUUCACUCCGAAAUUCAAACUUAAUAAACUUAUUUGAUAAUAA